AUGUUAAGCCUCGUGAAAAGAGUUGCGCCCACUCAUGUUCGUCGUACUCCCGCGCAGUGUCGCCUGAUGGGCCAUGGGCCGGCUCCUGUUGAAGGUAGUCUAGAGGCCAAAGUCCGCCACUACUUGCCGAAGGACUACCAUAUUGUAUUGGCCACGCUUGGAGCCUACACGACUCUUAUUAUGCUAUUCAAGCUUAAGCCUUCCAAGAAGAAAGAGGAAGAAAUCGUCAUUCCAUCAAAUUUAAGCUCGACGUCGGCAUCUAUUCCGUCGCUCUUCGAUGAUGAAUUUGACGAGUGGUCAAAGUUGCCGGGCAAUUUAGACAAAUGGGAAAAGAGUCUGGAGACCCUUGGCAACUAA